GCCCCCCCAGCCCUCCCUCCCCUCCCCUCCAGCAUGGUGCCCGCGGCCCCAGUGCUCUUCUGCCUCCUGCUCCUCGCCCUGGAGCUGCGGCCCCGGGGGGAGGCGGCCGAGGGCCCGGCGGCCGGCGGGGAGCGCGGGACCCAGGCGUCCGAGGAGCCGGAGGGCUGCCCCGUGUGCGUCUGGCGCCAGCACAGCAAGGAGCUGAGGCUGGAGAGCAUCAAGUCGCAGAUCUUGAGCAAACUGAGGCUCAAGGAAGCGCCCAACAUCAGCCGCGAGGUAGUGAAGCAGCUCCUGCCCAAGGCGCCCCCCCUGCAGGAGAUUCUGGACCUACACGACUUCCAAGGCGACGCGCUGCAGCCCGAGGACUUCCUGGAGGAGGACGAGUACCACGCCACCACCGAGACCGUCAUCAGCAUGGCCCAGGAAACGGACCCUGCCGUGCAGACAGAUGGCAGCCCCCAUUGUUGCCACUUCCACUUCAGCCCCAAAGUGAUGUUCACAAAGGUGCUGAAGGCCCAGCUGUGGGUGUACUUGAGGCCAGUACCCCGCCCUGCCACUGUCUACCUGCAAAUCCUUCGUCUCAAGCCCCUCGUGGGGAAGGAACUGCAGGAAGUGGGGGUGGGGGGGCGGCGCCACAUCCGGAUCCGAUCCCUCAAGAUCGAGUUGCACUCAAGAUCGGGCCACUGGCAGAGCAUCGACUUCAAACAGGUGCUGCACAGUUGGUUCCGCCAGCCACAGAGUAACUGGGGCAUUGAGAUCAACGCUUUCGAUCCCAGUGGCACUGACCUGGCUGUUACCUCCCUGGGGCCAGGCGCUGAAGGGCUGCACCCAUUCAUGGAGCUUCAUGUGCUGGAGAAUACAAAACGAUCCAGGAGGAAUCUGGGCCUCGACUGUGAUGAGCAUUCCAGUGAGUCCCGCUGCUGCCGAUACCCACUAACCGUGGACUUUGAGGCCUUCGGCUGGGACUGGAUCAUCGCGCCCAAACGCUACAAGGCCAACUACUGUUCUGGCCAGUGCGAGUAUAUGUUCAUGCAGAAGUACCCACAUACCCACCUGGUGCAGCAGGCUAAUCCCCGAGGCUCAGCUGGGCCUUGUUGUACUCCCACCAAGAUGUCCCCCAUCAACAUGCUCUAUUUUAAUGAUAAGCAGCAGAUUAUCUACGGCAAGAUCCCCGGCAUGGUGGUGGAUCGCUGUGGCUGCUCUUAAGUUCCCUCCUCUUGGUGGAACAGAAGCAGCAAGCAGCUGAAGCAAAGAGAUGAAUCCUGAGCACUUACCACGGGCACUUUACGGACAUGAAAUACCUCUCGAUAUUUGGGGGAGCAAAGUGGGCCAGGGCGGAUGGUGGAGGGAUGUUGAGGGCUGCAGGGAGUUUUAAGGUCUGGUGCACUGGGAAGCAUAUGGUAGGAGAAGGCUUCACAAAAUAGGGCCCUCAACAAAGAUUUAAGGGAAUUCUCCCUCCACUGGUUCAUUUUUCAUCUAGAUCCCUGGGGCCCUCUUUAGUCCUGUAGAAGGCUACAGAGAUAUGAAGAUAUGCCUCAAUAGGCAAAGCUCUGAGCGGUCACAGUUAUGACCAGGGGCCUUGCUGGGGAUAAGAUUGGGCCACAGACAAAGGCACCAGACUUAUUGUUGUCGGCAAGUUUAUUCAGAAGGCCCACCAUAUUCUAGCCUGCCCUGAGGAGGGUGCAGGAGCCUGGCCAGAUGAACUUGACUAUCUUUCCCUGGUGAGGGGAUGAUGGGGGCCUUGCAAGGCAUUCUUUUUCCCAUUCUCAGGAGAGAAGGUACUUUGGGGGAGGGGUGACAUCUCCUUUUCACCCCUACCUCCUAGUCUUGGCAGGUUCCCAGUCUUUCCUCUCCAGCCCUGUUCUUUACUAUUCUUAUCACCCCAAUCCAAGAAAAACUAUCAUCACCGCCACUCCUCAUCCAUGGUGGGGAGGGAGGGGAGAACCAGAGAGGUCAAGAUCAGAAGAUGACUCUUCCCAAAUCAACACCUGAUCACAGGCCCAGGGGCCAGGCAAGGGGCAGGGGCAUCAUAUGACCUCCCAAUAUAGGUUCUAAGGGAAACUAGAGCCUUGAACUUGGGGGGAUACUUAGAAGACACCCCCAUUCCUACCAAAUAAAGACCUUGGGGGAAUCUAAGGCUCUUUUUCUUUUGGACAUGAACCUAUUGAGUCUCAAUCCCCUGUCCCCCCAAAGAGGUUAUUAGAGACAGGGCUCAGAGACACAAAAGGAGCUAGGGAAUGUUCCCCUGCUUCAAGUAUGUGGACAAAGACAGUGCCCCCUUUGAACGUAUCAUAAUUAUUAUUUACUUUUGUGUAUAUGUCACACUGUGUACAUGAACAACUUUCUGUAUUGGUCACCUGAGAAGGUUGGGGGUAAUAAGAAGGGAUGUCAGGGGGCACAGGGAAGGCCUUAAAAGAAUAGAGAACUUCUUUACCAAGACAGUCUCCCCAAAGGAUGCACGGAAAUGAAGACAUGGGGAAGUUUCUGAGUUAAGUGAUAUAGGACAGAGAUAGCCAUUGGCCCUUUUUGGGGGUUUUUUAAAUGGUUUUUUUGGAGUUUUGGGGUGGUCACAUGACCCAAUCUAGCACUUGAACCUGAAAGAAAAAUAAUAAAGUCAAAGAGUUUAGCACUAA